AUGACUCGAUCUGGACUGACAUAUGAGAAAGCGAUAAACAUUGCAAAUGGCCCACAUACAGUUAUUAUACAUAUAAGAUUAGAUAUAACUUUUAACCUCGUUGACUUUCAGCGCCUGACACUCGCGCGGGUUUUAACCAUUGGUCUGAUUGGAAUCGGUCAGAUCACAAGAGUUGCAUCUCGUCGAUCUGCUGCUACUGGUUCAAACCACGAUUCUAUUGCAAUACCACAAAACUUUCUGUAUAAAGAGCACCAAGAAACUAAGGUCGUCACCAUCAACACCACUGAACUAAACAAAAAGCUUGAAUUCACUUCAACAAUGGCGUAUUCCGAUCAAGAAGUUCACUUUCUAAUGGUGACGGCAGCCAUGCAAGGUCACCUAAAUCCGAUGCUCAAGCUUGCCAAACGCCUCGUUUCAAAGGGUAUUCAUAUCACCAUCGCCACCAACGAUAUCGCCCGCCACCAUAUGCUCAACUCUAAAUUCUCUACUUCAACUGAUCCUAACCCUAACCCUAAACCACCUGGAAUCAGUCUGGUUUUCUUCUCCGAUGGACUCAGCCCGGAAUUCGACCGCCACGAAGACCCUGAUACGUUUAUCAAGUCCAUGAGGACUAACGGUAGAAAAAACUUAUCAAACCUAAUUCAAGAUUUAACAUUUCAGGGUAAGAAAUUUUCUUGCAUUAUUUUCAAUCCUUUUUUCCCAUGGGUUGCUGAAAUCGGAGCUGAAAAUUCUAUUCCUUGUGCUACUCUUUGGAUUCAAGCGUGUACUGUUUACUCCGUUUACUACCAUUUCUUGAAGAAUUCCAAUUUAUUUCCAUCUUUGGAAAAUGCAAAUUCAUCUGUAGAAUUGCCUGGAUUACCGGUAUUACAGGUAAAAGAUCUUCCUUCGUUCAUUUUACCAUCAAGUCCUCCUAUAUUUUAUGAAACAAUAUCACAACUUAUUGAGAAAUUAGAUGAGGUAAAAUGGGUUUUAUGUAAUUCUUUCACUGAAUUUGAGAAUGAGGUUGUAAAAUCCAUGGAUUCUCUUCAUUCUAUUUUACCAAUUGGUCCAUUAGUGUCACCAUUUCUUCUAGGAGAAGAAACUAAUAAUAAUACAAUAGAAAAUGUUGAUAUGUGGAGUGCUGAAAAUUCAUGCAUGGAGUGGCUUGACACGAACCCUAAUUCUUCAGUAAUUUACAUUUCUUUUGGUAGUAUUACUGUUUUGUCCCAAACCCAAGUGGAUAAUUUAGCCAUGGCAUUAAAGAACAGUAAUAAACCAUUUCUUUGGGUGAUUAAACCUAACCCUAAAUCUAAAAGUUCUGAAAAUAAAGGAGGUGAGUUGCCAGUUUCUUUCUUGGAGGACACGAAAGGGAAAGGUUUGGUGGUGACAUGGUGUGAGCAAGAGAAGGUUUUAAUGCACAAAGCUGUCGGUUGUUUCAUGACUCAUUGUGGGUGGAACUCGGUGCUGGAGGCGGUGGUGGCCGGAGUUCCGGUAAUAGCUUAUCCGGGAUGGACAGAUCAGCCAACUGUGGCUAAACUAUUGGUUGAUGUUCUGAAGAUUGGUGUUAGGGUUAAAACUGAAGAUGGGGUUGCUAGUCCGAAAGAGAUUGAAAGGUGUAUUGUUGAGAUCGGUGAUGGACUUGAAGCUGAAGAGAUGAAGAAAAGGGCGUUUGAGUUGAAGGAGGCGGCUACGAAAGUGGUGGCGGUUGGUGGAUCUUCUGAUCGGAAUAUUAAUCAGUUUAUCAGUGAAGUGACCGGAAAACCGUUUUGAAUUAGUGUUGGCAAUGGCAAGUACAAUAAGUGACAUGCAAAUUAAGGAAA